AACCACACACACAUAGCUCUCUUCUUCUUCUUCUUCUUCACUGAGAGCUCUUUUUUCUAGGGUUUCUCUCUCUCUCUCUCUAAUGCGACUCUUCUUCGGUUCUUCCAUGGCGAGACUCUUUAUAUUCCACUCCGUUCUUCUCCUCCUCUUCACUCUUCCUCUUCCGUCAAUCGGAGAUCUCGCCGCCGACAAAUCCGCUCUUCUCUCCCUUCGUUCCGCCGUCGGUGGUCGUACAUUACUCUGGGACGUCAAACUCACCACGCCAUGCAACUGGACCGGCGUCGUAUGCGACGGUGGUCGUGUCACCGCCCUUCGUCUUCCCGGAGAAACUCUCUCCGGUCAUAUCCCGGAGGGUGUUUUCGGUAAUUUAACUCAGCUCCGUACGCUCAGUCUCCGUCUCAAUGCUCUCACCGGUACUCUUCCUUUGGAUCUCGGGAGCUGCUCAGAUCUUCGGCGUUUGUACUUGCAAGGUAACAGAUUCUCCGGUGAGAUUCCGGAGGUUUUGUUUAGUCUUAGUAACCUCGUUAGGUUGAAUCUUGCGGAGAAUGAGUUUACGGGUGAGAUCUCUUCAGGGUUUAAGAACCUUACUAGGCUUAAGACUCUGUACCUGGAGAACAACAAGCUCUCUGGCUCUCUUCUUGACUUGGAUUUGCCUUUGGAUCAGUUCAACGUCUCUAAUAACUUGUUGAACGGAUCUAUACCUAAGAGUCUUGAGAAGUUUGACUCUGAUUCGUUUGUGGGAACUUCACUCUGUGGCAAACCGCUUGGUGUCUGUUCUAAUGAAGGAACUGUGCCAAGCCAGCCAAUUUCUGUUGGCAACAUACCUGGAACACUGGAAGGAAGCAAGGGGGAGAAGGAAAAGAAGAAGCUUUCCGGUGGGGCUAUAGCUGGAAUAGUUAUUGGAUGUGUGGUUGGUUUUUUCCUGAUUGUUCUGAUUCUGAUGGUUCUUUUCCGGAAGAAGGGAGGAAACGAAAGGACAAGGGCUGUCGACAUUGGCACUGUUAAGCAACAUGAGAUCGAAAUUCCAGGGGAGAAAGCGGCUGUGGAGGCACCGGAGAGUAGGAGCUAUGGGAAUGAGUACAACCCGGCUGCGAUGAAAGCUGCAGAAGUGAACAGUUCAGGGAUGAAGAAACUUGUCUUCUUUGGGAAUGCGACUAAGGUUUUCGAUCUGGAGGAUCUGUUGAGAGCUUCUGCGGAGGUUUUGGGGAAAGGAACGUUCGGGACAGCUUAUAAGGCGGUGCUUGAUGCGGUUACAUUAGUGGCUGUGAAGAGGCUGAAGGAUGUGACGAUGGCGGACAGAGAGUUCAAGGAGAAGAUUGAGGUUGUUGGAGCGAUGGAUCAUGAGAACUUGGUGCCAUUGAGAGCUUACUAUUACAGUGGAGAUGAGAAGCUGCUAGUCUAUGACUUCAUGCCUAUGGGAAGCUUGUCAGCUCUCUUACACGGAAACAAAGGCGCAGGACGGCCUCCGUUGAACUGGCAAAUCCGAUCACGUAUCGCCCUUGGAGCUGCUCGUGGCUUAGACUAUCUUCACUCACAAGACCCGUUGAGCUCUCACGGAAACGUCAAGUCCUCCAAUAUCCUCUUAACAAGCUCCCAUGACGCACGAGUGUCUGAUUUCGGCCUGGCUCAGCUCGUCAGCACCUCAUCCACAACCCCAAACCGGGCCACUGGGUACCGUGCCCCCGAAGUAACUGACCCGAGGCGUGUCUCACAGAAAGCGGAUGUGUACAGCUUUGGUGUGGUGUUGCUAGAGCUGCUCACCGGAAAAGCGCCGUCUAACUCCGUGAUGAACGACGAAGGAAUGGAUUUGGCGAGGUGGGUGCAUUCGGUGGCAAGAGAGGAGUGGAGGAACGAGGUUUUUGACUCGGAGCUGAUGAGUAUCGAGAUGGUGGAAGAAGAGAUGGCGGAAAUGCUGCAGCUUGGCAUUGACUGUACAGAGCAGCACCCUGACAAGCGACCAGUGAUGGUGGAGGUGGUGAGGAGGAUCCAGGAGUUGCGCCAAUCGGGUUCAGAUCAGGUGGGCUAAGGACAUUCGAUGAAAGGAUGAGACUUGAGAGGCUCAUGAGUUGAAUCGGUGGUACGUAACGACGGCGUUCUUGGUGUUUGAUGAUUAAGUGUUAGUUUAAGAAUAUGGCGGGGAAUUAGAGUGAGUUGGGGGGUCGUUAAUUAGAUGUUUUUAAUUUUGGUGUUCUUUUUUGUUUCUUUCAUGUGUGGGCACUGAUGAUGAGGAGUUCCUUGUGGUUGUAAUUAUUAGUGCUUUUAACCUUUUUAACUUUAUUUCAGUAUUGUUUCAGCU